CUCUUCUGUUGGUUCUUCGUCUCUCUCUCCCUUUGUUUUUGGAAUUUCGUCAAAAUCACCGUCAAGAGAGAAAGUCUGUUGUUUUUCUUCGCGUGUGUGGCCGUGUCGCGUAGUGGCGAUUCUCUGCAUCGUCGGCUUCUCCUCACAAGAAAGCUCAUGGUGGCCAGGGAGGAUACUGAGACAAGAUGAUCUUGAUUCUACUACUAUCACUUCUCCACGAUCUGGUACUAAUUAAGCUUUUAGGGAGAGAAGAUGCAAAGAUUGGUACGAUUUGGAAACGGGUGAAGCCGUUUAGGUGUGGCGAUUUUGGUGACUGCAUUGAGAAGGUGGAAAUUUUGCAAAAGUUGACAGUUAAAAGAUCAAACCACUUAAUCGUCAACAAGUUUAACAAUGCGAUCCUAGCGGAUGACAAACAUUUGCCCAUGAGUUUCCUUCCUCUGCCUGCAAAUUAUAUUCAAGCCUACCUUUAUCAUCUUCUACCUACAAUCUUCACUCUGUCUAGACCCUAAGGAUAGUUCAUUGCCUUGUCUCUCUUCAUGCCUUCCGUAUCUAAGCUUCUACCUUUCAGAAUGGUGAAAAGCAGUGCCUUUGCAAUCAUUCUCAAUGCAGUCAUAAGAAAAAGUUGGAUCGCCUCUGCAUCUUAUGCACACCGGCCUUCCCAUUGAUGCAGGUUAUGCUUUUGUGUAUUUUGAAGAUGAGCGUGAUGUUGAAGAUGCAAUAUCCCUUUUGGCUAUGAGAAAUGCAAGCUCUCUCUCGAAUAGGCCAAUGGGAACGUGGAAUCCAGGAAGAUUCAACCAAGGCCCUUGACUGCACACAAAACAGAUAACAAACUCACACCAUUUGUUACCUUUUGUAUGUCUAAGUGAUAGUGUUUAAUUUUUUUCUUUAAGAACCACUAAUUAAGAGACUCCCAUUGGAACAUAAAAAUAUGGGUGUCUCUUAACUAAAUCUUUUAAGUGACAUAUAAUACUUAAAAAUGAUUAAGAGACAAAAAUGAGUUUUUGGGUUAAUGAUGCUCUAG